UUUUUUUUUUGGAGAUUUUUUACCCCUUCUUUUCUCCGGCGGGAAAAGUGAAAAUGCCACGUGAAGACGCAAAGGAUCUAGAACUAUCAUGUGAUUGGCUGCCCGGAUCGACGGCGCUGGGCUCCCUGCGAUUAUCAUCCGCACAGCUGGUCCAUGGUUUUAGGGUUCUAAGCAAACACCCCCCUCUCAUCGAUUGUUCUUCCCCAUUUUCCAAUGUAAUCCAGCCUGUACUGACGGAUCGCGCACAGAUUUUCACUCCCUGUUCCCUACCCACAUGAAAUCUCGCAUUAAAUCGCUAGCGCACGCUGCAAUGAGAUAGUAGAGCAGCGAUCUGGGGGGGCAAUCCAGCAAUUCCCGCCCAGAGGACAGCCACUGGAGGGAUUGGAAAAGAUCCUAGACGAUUCUAGUUCCAUCGGGAGUGAAAAUUUUCUAGAGAUUUCUUCGGAUUGGUGCUUGCUCGAUCGAUGACGAAGCUCUGCGAUGGAUGUCGAGCCUCCAACGCGGCGAUCUACUGCACGGCGGACAUGGCUUACAUCUGCCUGGGCUGCGAUCUCAAGGUCCACGGCGCCAACAAGCUCGCGUCGCGGCACGAGAGGGUUUGGAUCUGCGAGGUGUGCGAGCACGCCCCGGCGGCGGUGAUCUGCAAGGCCGAUGCCGCGGCGCUGUGCGCGUCGUGCGACACCGACAUCCACUCGGCCAAUCCGCUCGCCAAUCGCCACGAGAGGGUCGCGGUCACGCCGUUCUUCGAGUGCCCGAGCAUGAUCAAGGUCGCGCACAUCAACGCUUCGUCGGUCGUUCCAAACGACAAUCCUCUCCUCCUCGCCGCGCCGGAUUGCUGGCAGAAUCCACAACAACAGCAGCAGCCUCUCGCGAAUUUCGGCGUGAUCGAUUCGCUCGAUUCCUUCCUCGAGGUGGGAGCAGCGCCAAAUCUUCCGGGAUUCUUGCAAGAACAGCCCGAGGGGAGCUCCUAUAGCUUGGGAGGGACUGGCACAACGAUCUCGCUCAGCCAAACAAGAUCUUCCUCAGUGGCGGCGGUCCCGGAAUCCAGCUCCAGCAUGAGCGACAUCUCCAAACCCUAUCCAGGAAACAUGAUCGAGUUCCUGUGCCAGAUUUCUCGCGGCGAGCAGGGCAUCCAGCAGCAAAAUCCCGGGAUCGCCAGGGAGGAGCGAGUGCUGCGCUACAAGGAGAAGCGCAAGAAUCGCAAAUUCGAGAAGACGGUGCGCUACGCGUCCCGGAAGGCCUACGCGGAGAUCCGGCCGAGGAUCAAAGGCCGCUUCGUGAAGCGAUCGGAUGUGGAGCAUUUCGUGCUCUCGGCUAUGGCGGAUGGAAUCGUGCCUUCUUUCUAGCCCCUGUGAAGGAUCGAUCGAUCGAAAGGUAUAUGCGAGGGAGAAAUAUUACUAGCUAGAAACUUCCAAAGUAAAAAUCAAACCACACCGCCUUUACA